GAUUUAUGAAGGUCCAACUAGGAAAGAGUAUAAGUUCAAUUAUAAUAGAGAUUGGAUUUUAGAGACUUCGGAGCAUAAUUUAAACUCGUUUCCAUCUAGUGUAACCCUCUCUCCUCCAUUGCAGAUUGGCGGCGAGUCGGAGAUUCAAAACAUGCAUUAAACCUGAUUGGCAAUGGAGGGCACAAUCUGGGCCAAUCUGUUACUUUCAGUACAAUUAACAACCAGCGGGAGACCUGUAUUCCAGGCAGGCGAGGUUGAGUGUUCAAUUCUCGAUGCAGUCGAUUUGGAAAUAGAAGACAAUCAGGCAUACCCAGUGCUAAAGUCAGGCAUAUUAAUGCUAACAACCAUCAGGCUCAUAUGGAUGGACGAAAACUCCAGAAUCGCAGGUUCAAUUCCCUUGCCUUCCAUUGCCCAGCUAUUCCCUCCCAAGAAAUCACUCAAAAACAUGUUCUCAAAACCCCGACUGAGGCUCCUCAUAUGGGUGUCAUCGGACGGAAGAAUUUCAUCUGACAGUCCGUCCAGGGCUGCAAGAUCUGUUGGGAUAACAUUAGUUUUGAGGGGGCAAGUGGUCCCUGAUGCAUUCGUGGGGAGGUUAUGGGAAAUUCUGAGGUCUAGGGCAUGGGAGAAAGAUAGUAACUCGGUGGAAAAUGUGGACAAGCGGGUGGAUGGCAUGGUUGAGGGUGAUGGGGGCUCAACCAAAAUGAGGGCGUCCAUGGCUGGAGUUAGUGGCAUUCUUAGGAAGGAGCAGGAGCAGUGGGAGGAGACUGAUAAGAGUUUGCAUGAGGCAUUUCAAGAUUUGAAUGCACUUAUGAGUAAAGCCAAAGAUAUGGUGAUGCUUGCUGAAAAGAUGCGGACAAAACUGUUAGCAGGAUCAACUGGGCAGUCCAGUGCAGGUAAUGAUGAUGAGAUGGGAACCAAACAAGAGAUACAAGAUUGGCUUCUCAGUGUCGGCAUUGCAUCUCCAGUUACAAAAGAGACUUCUGGUGCUCUUUACCAUCAGCAGCUGUCCCGUCAGUUGGCAGAUUUUGUAAAGAUACCACUGGAAAGAGCCGGAGGCAUGAUUGCCCUGGUUGAUGUAUAUUGUAUGUUCAAUCGUGCUCGAGGGACAGAGCUCAUUUCACCAGAAGAUUUGCUGCGAGCUUGUGCCAUUUGGGAGAGGCUAAAUGUAUCAGUAAUUCUUAGACGGUUUGAAAGUGGAGUAAUGGUUAUACAAUCUAAAGCCCAGAGUGAUGCUGAGGUUUUUGCAAGAAUAACAGACCUUGUUGUAAAACCUGAAGCUUUUCAAACAGGAGUUGGUGCAAGUGAGGCAGCAAGAACCUUGGGUGUUGCGCCGGCACUUGCAAAGGAAUAUCUUCUUACGGCUGAGAGUAAAGGUUUCUUAUGUCGAGAUGAUGGUCCCGAUGGCCUUAGGUUUUAUAUUAAUUUUUUCAAGGAAGUUGAUCCAAGCAACAUGUUCAUAGAAAAGAAAUUCCACCUUUCCAAUGAUAGGAAACUGUAAAUUUCUGUAGUUUGAUAAGAUUCUGCUUCAGACCAUGGUUGUAUGGUCUAUAUUGGUGAUUAAUUUGAUUGCCAUGCUGGAGGGGAUUGUGACUAAUAUUGGUCAGGUCACUCAGAAAAAAAGGACAGCUUGUCUCAAUUAAUAAUGGAUGGUAGAUUACCUUCCUGAGUUACCGUGGACAGGUUCGUUUUGUAGUCACUCUUUAAAGCCGACAUCUGCUAUAUUCUACAAUUGUUCCAGUGCCAAUUAAUAAAACUUUAAAAGAGAUAUCAUUCUGCAAGAAUGGCAGGCCAUUGUGAACAUAUAAGCAUUUACUUAUUGUUCCUCUGUAUUUAUUAUCCUGACUUAAAUUCCAUAGAGAUGUUUUUUC